AAUCGGCCGCUCGGCUCGCUGUAAUCUCGUCUGCAACUGCCGGCUCACUCAUUCACUCUGCCGCCCGCCAUGGCGACCGCAGAAAGUCUCUUCUCCGGUCCGAGCAGCACCUAAGUCACCUGGACCGCGUAACCGUAUUUCCCCUGGCCCGCCGCGGGACGCCCAUGUAAUCCACUCAGCGGUGGAAUCCAAAGGUGUGGAAUUUAAAAAAAGACGCAUUUCCAAGGGGGAAACCGGGGUGGGCAGCGAGGAACGCAGGGCGACAUGGCAGAUCCCGACCCGGAGCCAGUGACAUCGAGAGCAGGGCACCGUCUCGGGGCCCCGGAGACUCUUGGGAUCAGUACACUGGACCCGGCGCACAGACCCCCGGCCAUGCCCGCCGGAAGGCACGUCACCAUCCGGGUCCAUAUGUUGGAUGAUACAGAGGAGCUCUUUGAUGUCUCGGUUAAAGCUUCAGGCAAGGUGUUAUUCGACCUGGUGUGUACCCACAUGAAUCUUAUUGAGGGCGAUUACUUCGGCCUAGAGUUUCAGAGCCAUCAAAAGAUGACGGUGUGGUUGGAUCCUAUCAAGCCAAUUAUCAAGCAGCUGAGACGACCGAAGCACACGACGUUGAGGUUUGCUGUGAAAUAUUUCCCUCCGGACCAUGCCCAGCUGCUGGAGGAGCUGACUCGGUACCUGUUUGCACUCCAAAUUAAACGGGAUCUUUCCAAUGGUUGUCUGACGUGCAAUGACACCAGUGCUGCGUUGAUGGUCUCCCACAUUUUGCAGUCUGAGAUUGGCGACUUUGAGGAGAGCCAGUGCCGGUCACACCUCCUCAAUAAUAAGUACAUCCCCGAUCAGAUGCCAUUGAUUGACAAGAUUAUGGAGUUCCACUCCAUGAAUAUUGGCCAGACCCCGGCCGAAUCCGACUUCCAAUUGCUGGAAGUGGCACGACGUCUGGAGAUGUACGGGAUUCGUCUCCAGCCAGCUAAAGACCGCGAGGGCUCGCGUUUAAGCCUCGCCGUUGCCCACACGGGCGUCCUGGUCUUUCAGGGACACACGAAGAUUAACUCUUUCAACUGGUCUAAAGUACGUAAACUGAGCUUCAAGAGGAAACGUUUCCUCAUCAAGCUCAGGGCUGAUGGCAAUAAUUCAUAUCAAGACACGUUGGAGUUUCUCAUGGCCAGCAGGGACUGUUGUAAAGUCUUCUGGAAGAGCUGUGUGGAAUACCACGCCUUCUUCCGGCUCUUUGAGGAACCCAAACCCAAGCCCAAACCCGUGCUGUUCACACGAGGCUCCUCUUUCAGAUUCAGCGGCCGCACACAGAAGCAGGUGAUUGACUUUGUGAGGGAGUCCGAGUUUAAAAAGCUUCCGUUCGAAAGGAAACACAGUCGAGUCCAGCACAACAGCCGCCUGUCGCCUUUGCCUUCUCCACGCAACCAAAAAGUGCCAAAAGAAAGUGGUGCUCUUGGGGACCAAGUUGACGCUCCUUCGCAGCACCAGUGGAAGGAGUCAGCGCUGGUGAGUUCACAAGAAACACCCGAAGCUCCAGGGAGCCCGGCUCACCAGAACCAGGAAGACAGAUCGCCGUCCGUGAAGGAGGAGACGAGAGGCUCCAUUCGGCCGGCUCACCUCGAACAUCUGGCAACAGGAGCGCUGACUAACAGUCCCUACCUGUCCACGUCUUCCGGACACUCGCACGGUCUGCUAAAUGGCCAAAUGGCUCUGGAGGUGGGAAGUCACAGUCCCGACGUCCAGCAACCUUCUCCACUCACCAGCCCCCUCCUCAACGACGCCUGCAGCAUUCGCACCGAUGAUGAAGACGAGGUGCGCCGAAAGAGGUUCCCCACAGACCGGGCCUACUUCAUCGCCAAGGAGCUGCUGACCACAGAGCGGACGUAUGUCAAAGACCUUGAGGUGGUGACCGUGUCUUUCCAGAACGCCAUAGGACAGGAAGAGGACACGCCGGACUCCCUCAAGAAGGCCGUUUUCGCCACGCUUGAGCCGCUUCACAAAUUUCACACGGGUUUUCUCAAGGAGGUGGAGCAGAGGCUGGCUUUGUGGGAAGGUCGAUCCAAUGCUCACAUUAAAGGAGACUACCAGCGCAUUGGCGAUGUCAUGCUGAAGAAUUUACAAGGCUUGAAGCCACUGACAGCCAACCUGCAUAAGCAGAGCGAUCUCCUCAUGGAGCUGGAGAAGGUGUGCAGGGUGUCACGCAGGUUAGAAGGCCUCUGCCGGGACUUUGAGUUGCAGAAGGUGUGCUACGUGCCGCUCAACGUCUUCAUCCUGCGCCCUCUGCACCGCCUCGUGCACUACAAGCACAUCCUGGAGCGUCUGUGUAAACAUUACCCGGCGACACAUGUGGACUUCAGGGACUGCAGAGCUGCUCUGGCAGAUGUGUCUGAAGUGGUGGAGCAGCUCCAGGGCAGCAUUGUGAAAAUGGAGAACUUCCAGAAACUCUUGGAGCUAAAGAAGGAUCUGAUUGGCGUGGACAAUCUUGUUGUUCCUGGUCGGGAGUUCAUCAGGUUUGGCUGCCUGAGCAAGUUGUCUGGAAAAGGCCUACAGCAACGAAUGUUUUUCUUGUUCAACGACGUCAUUUUGUACAGCAGUCGAGGGAUGACUGCAACCAAUCAGUUCAAAAUUCACGGACAGCUCCCGCUCCAGGGCAUGACAAUCAGAGAGAGUGAAGAUGAGUGGGGUGUUCCUCACGCCUUCACUCUGGUCAGCCAGCGGCAGUCUGUGGUGGUGGCAGCCAGUUCUUUGUCAGAGAUGGGGAAAUGGAUGGAGGACAUUGAGAUGGCGGUAGAAAUGGCAAAAAACAACAACGGGCCUUCAUCUGACCUGAUGAGCUGCACGCUGACUGACAGCAAAUGCCCAGAGGAGUCGACAGCGGUGGAGGGAGAGUCCGAAGACGACACUACCACAUCGCACAGCUCCCCGGAGAGGGCGGCCCCUCUCCGUGGUAACACCAUGGUGCACGUGUGCUGGCACAGGAACACCAGCGUGGCCAUGGUGGAUUUUAGCUUAGCCGUGGAGAACCAGCUAUCAGGAAACCUACUACGGAAGUUCAAGAACAGCAAUGGCUGGCAGAAGCUAUGGGUGGUCUUCACCAACUUCAGCUUGUUUUUCUACAAGUCCCACCAGGAUGACUAUCCACUAGCCAGCCUUCCCCUUCUGGGUUACUCAGUCACCAUCCCCGCCGAGUCAGAGAACAUCCACAAGGACUACGUCUUUAAAUUGCAUUUCAAGUCCCACGUCUACUACUUCCGGUCGGAGAGCGAGUACACCUUUGAAAGGUGGAUGGAGGUGAUCCGCAGCGCAACAUCUCCCUCCAGUCGGGCUCGGGUGCAGAACAACAAGGAGCUCCACGCUCAUUGAGUUUGGACUCCAUUCAGUCUUCACAGACGUGGGACAUCUGUCCGACCGUCCAUGUGCCCUUGCACAUGCUGGUGCUUUUUUACUGUUCUAAUGGUGGCAUGUCCGCUGGUUUCGACUGCAUCAGAGACUGCAUUUCUUCUUCUGGCGUUUUUACAGCUUGACUCUUCAACCUUUUUACAGGAUGUCAUUUUAUACUGUUUUUGUAAUAAUCGUAUCCACUUGUAUUUUUCAUUUUAAUUUGUUUCCCCAGUUUGAGAAGAAAAACGUCUGUAUACUCUUCAAUGGCUUUUUUUUUUUGCAGGAACUUUCACUUGUGGUGCCAAACAUUUAUCACACUCAUUGACAUUCUAAAUAUUUUUUUUUUUACUUCUGAAGAAUGUUACCGAUGGUACGCCAUAAAUUUCAAGCCAAUGUAAAACAGGCCACCCUUUAAAACUCAAUGCUGUACACCUGGUCUGGUUUCUUUCAUAAUAAACAUGUAUGAUUACACUGUAAA